GCAGACAUUUUGGCUCAAUCAGGAAACCAGUUUCCUUAAAUCGCCAACUUUGUGCCAUUUUUGUUAGUCAUUCAUACAGACAGACGAGUUUGUGUCAGUGAACGUGAAAGGUUCCCGUCAGGACAGUAUGGUUCGGGUGGUGUUCCUGCACCCUGAUCUGGGUAUAGGUGGAGCAGAGCGUCUGGUGGUGGACGCGGCUGUAGCUCUGCGCUCUCGUGGAUGUAGUGUUCAGAUCUGGACAGCGCAUUAUGACCCGCAGCACUGCUUCUCGGAGACUCUCUCUCCUGACCUGCCGGUGGUGUGUGUGGGCGACUGGCUGCCCACCAGUGUAUUCGGUUAUUUCCACGCUCUCUGUGCUUACCUGCGCAUGAUCUACCUAACCAUAUAUCUCGUGCUCUUUAGUGGGGAGGAGUUUGAUGUUGUCUUCUGCGAUCAGGUUUCAGCGUGCAUUCCUUUUUUGCGAUUGGCACGUCACAGGAAGAAAGUUCUGUUCUACUGUCAUUUUCCUGACCAGCUACUGACUCAGCGCCGCUCUGCUCUGAAGCGCCUGUAUCGAGGGCCAAUUGACUGGUUCGAAGAACUGACCACAGGCAUGGCCGAUCGCAUUCUAGUCAACAGCCAGUUCACCGCCAGAAUUUUCAAACAGACGUUUCCCAAACUGUCCGAGAUCCACACCGACAUCCUUUAUCCCUCUUUGAACCCAUCAGCUUUCGAUGAUGAAGUAGAGGGUCUCGGUGGACUCCUCCCUGAAGGACGGAGCUUCGUUUAUUUGUCGAUCAAUCGUUACGAACGCAAAAAAAACCUGCCAUUGGCAUUACAAGCAUUAGCAGGCCUGAAGGACCGACUGUCAGAAGGAGAAUGGGAGCGUGUGCACCUUGUAAUGGCGGGAGGUUACGACGAGCGUGUGGCUGAAAAUGUAGAGCACUAUGAAGAACUGCGCUUACUAGUGACCUCUCUUGGCCUGGAGGACCACGUCACCUUCUUGCGCUCGUUUUCAGACAAACAGAAACUGUCUUUGCUGCAUAACAGCACUUGUGUACUCUACACUCCCAGCAAUGAACAUUUUGGGAUUGUACCUAUUGAAUCCAUGUACUUGCGCUGCCCCGUUAUUGCUGUUAGCUCUGGUGGACCGCUAGAAUCUGUGGCGCAUGAAGAAACAGGGUUUCUUUGUGAACCCACACCUGAUCACUUUUCGGAAGCCAUGCAGAAGUUCGUUUCAGAUCCUAAAUUAAAGCAGAGAAUGGGACAGGCUGGCAGAGAGCGGGUACAGCAGCGCUUCUCAAUGCAAGCCUUCGCCGAGCAGCUCUAUAGUCAUAUCGCCAGCCUUACCCAAUAACCAAUCAUGACAUCAUAAAGGCCAUUCUGCUUCGAACCGAACAUUCUGCCAGUCCAGUUGCCAUGGAGGGACUAAUGAAAGUAUGUCAUCUCUAAUGAAAGAAAAGAGCAGUGCCAGUUAACAUGGCUUAAGAGUUCAAUAAGAGCCUUGAAGAAUGUGGAGCACUCAUCCGACCCAGAGGUUAAUGAAUUAUCGUGCACCGACCACAUUGAUCAAGCAUGUCACAGCUAGGCCUGAGGACCAUAUGUGUACAAAUUUUUUUUAUGCCGAAGGACCAUUAAAGAGUUUCUUGGGCAGAGAUCGAUAGACAAGUUUCCGUGCCCUGCUCUGUUGGCCAGCGUCUUGGCUUUUGUUUAGCGAUAACAAUGGAGGAUAUAAAGAGUUAUUAAAGUCUUCAACUAAAGAUGCUCGUAAUAAGUUUGCUGGAGUAGAAAAAGAGAAAAGUUUUCUUAGGACACUGAAGGUCAUGUGCUGUAUUGGGUUUGAGGUUGUUACUGACUGUGAAUCUCCUCAUGCUAUUGAUAUGAGACUGAAGCCCCGAUUAAAUGAGACGCUGCGUCUUG